AUGACUCGAUACUAAACAAUUUGUAUGCGAUUAAUGUUGGCAUCGAAUUUAUUUGUUUAUUUAUUUUUUAAGUGUGACGGCACGUCGCCGUAUUGUAUUUACUUCACCAUGAAGAUUCAUGUCGCAUUCUUUCUGCUAGUCGUAGCUGUUGUGCUAAACGAAGUUCAAGGACAAAAGGAAAUUUUACCGAUAGAGCCUUGUUUGGCCUGGAUGAAACCUCAGCCCAUAUGUCCGGCCAACGAACGCUACACAUGCUGUAAAACAUGCUUUGAGCCAACGUGCAAAACAAGAAACAUUGCUGUGAAAUGUGCUUUGCCAUGCAGGGGUGGAUGUAUUUGCAAAACUGGAUACAUUCGUGUAAUUACCAAUGGAAAGUGUGUCCCAAUCUAUACUUGUGGUAGACUUGAAAUCAUUUUCCCACCGCCUCUAGCUACUGAAUGA